AUGAAGUUUUGGCAGACUGGCGGGUUAGGAAGCUAUAGCAGCAACAGCCCAAGUGACUCGAGGAGUGCACCCCCGUCCCCCAGUGCCCCCCAGGCUUCACCUGUCUCUUCCCCUGGGGUUACCCUCUCAAAAACCCCAUUCAGUUACGAGUAUAAUACACAAACACACGCACAAACCAAUCAGCUCAACCAGCAAUUUGAGCAGUGUAAUAUGCAACUUGUGAAUUUUUGUGAUUCAUAUUCACAGUGCACAAUGGCUUCAGAAGGGGGAUCCAAGAUUGACAAUUCACCAGGUUCAAGUAGUAGCUAUGCAUCAAGUGGGAAUGGCAAUCUUCAGCAACAGGUGAGCAAGUCUUGGAGAGCUAGUGGGGGCAGUGGAUAUGUUACUAAUACAACUUCAUCAAGUCCAAGUGGGCCGCCACCAGCCUAUCACAUCUCAACCAGCCAAGCACACACCCAGACUCUCUCACAAAAUGUCUCACAAUCCAUUUCACAAUCCCAUUCCCAGCCAACUGGUCCCCCUCCGCCAUAUCCCCUGCCUAGUCCAUCAUCGCCAGCGCAUCAUCAACAGCAGCAGUCACAUCAGCAUCACCAAAAUCAACAACUUCAGCAACAACAGCAUCAGCAGCAACAACAACAACAACAACAACAACAACAACAACAACAGCAACAACAACAACAACAGCAACAACAACAACAACAACAGCAACAACAGCAACAGCAGCAGCAACAGCAGCAGCAACAGCAGCAAACACAACAGCAGCAUCAUCAGUCCCCUACUCAUCAUCCUCAUCACCCACCCUCUCCCGUCCAGCCGAUCCCCUCCCAUCACCCUCCUUCACCUGGACAAGGUCCUCUCAGUCCAAACCAAGGGCUCUCAAUGCAGCACCCUCCCACGCCUCAGACACCUCAGACACCAAAUUUCAUUCCGAGAGUUAUUCUUACAGCUCAUGAUGGCAAUGAGAGUGAAGGCUUACUACAUGAUGAAAUCACUUUUGGUGAUGUGUUUGGUUCAGUUAUGCCAUAUGAACAGGGGUCCUUUGAGUCAGAUAUAUUGGGAAAUAUGAGCCCGCUUGAUGAGAGUGAUUUAAGCAUGAUGGUGGAUCAGGGAACAGUAGACCAGCUACUGGUAGAUCAAGAGACGGAGGAAAGUUUUCGCAGAGAUCAUCGCACCACAUCAUCCACCUCAUCUGGACCCUAACCUUCGCUUCUUCAGGUUGAUUAUGUGGAAUGUUAAAACCCAUUGCCAAUACAGACACAACCAUGACUGCUGGUGCAUCAGCCAUCUUCAGCUACUAGCCACCUGUGUGAUAAUGUCUGUAGCUAUUAGAUUUACUCAAGUUUCACUCCUAUCACCACUGGAAUGCCGAAUAUAGGAAAUACAACUGUUUUGCUGCGGCAUCAGUUUUGUGAUUUCCAAGUAAUGGUGGUGUAAUUUUCUUGCUCCUUCCAUGGAAGUUUUGUGCAAAUAGUUUCUUUAUUCAAAAAAUAUAUUUGAUUCACGAUAUUUUGCAGACUGAAUGAAAAAAGGUUAUUGAUAUUUUUUAUUGAUGCCGGUGCUUAUUUUCUCAUGCAAUAACUCACUCCAAAAUUACCUUGUCAGUUCACUUAAUAUAGUAAGGUACAUUUCUUCUUGUGCUACCAACAACAAUACUUAGAGUACUGCCAGUUGUUUCAACAUUUCCUGACAUUCUGCCUGCAAAUGAUGGAUGUUAUAUUGGGCUUUUCGUGACAAUUUACUCAUAGGCAACCCUAUUAUAUGGAUGACAAGUUUCUCAUUACAAUUUCCAGCCCACUUAAGACUAUGGUCAAAUUGAUAGUAAAUUUACAAAGAAAAUGAUAGCAUACUGUAGACUUUACUCAAGCAAAAGAUAGUUUCAUUUUAAAGUACUACUUCAAUUUGAUCAAUAGACAAUUCCUUCUCUUAUUAAAUUGAUCAAGUACACAUAAGCCUUAUAGAAGUGCUACAGGGGACCAUUUUCCUGAGCAUGUCAGCCGCUGCAAUUUCAAACUGGAUUUUUGCUUUGUUUGUUUUGUACUUAAUGGUUACUCCUUCCUUUGAUGAAUAUUUAGUGCUUUAUACAGUCCUUUUUUUCUUCACUUCUUUAUUCUGAACUUUCCUGUACUGUACAAGCACAUGAAAAUACCUCCCAUGUUUUGCAAUGAUAAUGGGUUCAGGUUAUGCAAGAUGGUGGCAAAUUUAGAGUUGAACACUAAUUGGGAAACAGUAUUGAGAAGAAAUUUAUUGUUUUGUUUUUUUAAUUCCACAUGGAAAAUGUCCUUGUAUAGGAAAUGACUACCUGUUUUUGAGUAUCAUAUGAGAACAUAUGUGGAACUAAUCACAUUAAAGGAAAAACUUAAGGCUUUGAGUUAUGGAGGUUUUAUGGUGCUUGUGCAAAGAUUUUAGAAACUGAUCUCUCUCUCUCUCUCUCUCUCUCUCUCUCUCUCUCUCUCUCUCUCUCUCUCUCUCUCUCUCUC